AUGGAGGAGAAGGUAGUCGCUGUAAUCAUGGUGGGCGGGCCAACCAAAGGCACUAGAUUUCGGCCUCUUUCAUUCAACACUCCGAAACCGCUGUUCCCAUUGGCUGGGCAAGCUAUGGUGCACCAUCCCAUUUCAGCUUGUAAAAGGAUACCCAAUUUGGCUCAAAUCUUUUUAGUUGGAUUCUAUGAAGAGCGGGAAUUCGCACUGUAUGUGUCUUCCAUUUCCAAUGAGCUCAAAGUACCAGUUAGGUACUUGAGAGAGGACAAGCCGCAUGGCUCUGCCGGUGGCCUUUAUUACUACAGAGAUAUUAUCAUGGAAGACAGCCCGUCGUAUAUCUUUUUGCUGAAUUGUGAUGUUUGCUGCAGUUUUCCACUACCAGACAUGAUUGAGGCUCAUAAAGGAUAUGGUGGGAUGGGUACAAUGUUAGUAAUCAAGGUUUCUGCUGAAUCUGCCAACCAGUUUGGGGAGUUGGUUGCUGAUCCAACCACCAAAGAACUUUUGCAUUACACCGAGAAACCAGAGACUUUUGUGAGUGAUUUGAUAAACUGUGGUGUUUAUGUAUUUACCCCAGACAUUUUUACUGCCAUUCAAGAUGUCUCCACUCACCGAGAGGGCAGAGCUAAUUUACGUCGUAUCUCCAGCUUUGAAGCCCUCCAGUCUGCAACAAGGACUCUUCCUACAGAUUUUGUCAGAUUGGAUCAAGAUAUUUUGUCACCUCUUGCUGGAAAGAAGCAACUCUAUACAUAUGAGACCAUGGAUUUCUGGGAACAAAUAAAGACUCCAGGAAUGUCUUUGAAGUGUUCGGGUUUGUAUCUUUCUCAAUUCCGAAUUAACUCUGCACAUCUUUUAGCUAGUGGAGAUGGUACAAAGAAUGCCACAGUUGUUGGUAAUGUUUAUGUUCAUCCUUCAGCAAAAGUGCAUCCAACUGCUAAGAUUGGUCCCAACGUCUCUCUUUCAGCAAAUGUUCGCGUAGGUGCAGGGGUAAGGCUUAUAAGUUGCAUUGUCUUGGAUGAUGUGGAAAUCAAGGAAAAUGCAGUUGUUAUACAUGCUAUUGUUGGAUGGAAGUCGUCUAUUGGCAAAUGGUCGCGUGUCCAGGCUGACGGAGACUACAAUGCAAAACUUGGAAUCACAAUCCUUGGAGAAGAGGUGACAGUCGAAGACGAAGUUGUGGUGAUUAACAGCAUUGUUCUCCCAAAUAAGAUUCUUAAUGUUAGCGUACAGGAGGAAAUCAUUUUGUAA